GGGACUCCGGGCCAGCGAAAGGGAGACGAGGCUGGUUGAGGGAGAGGAGUUGGGGCAAUGUUUGUGAGCAAACGUUCUCUCUGGAGAUGUUUGGGGCGGUGGGUGUUGGCGAGGGGUCUGAGUGGGGUCUCUGGCUCUACGCUGGACCUGGCUGGCAUUUACCCCCCGAUCAUCACCCCCUUCAACCAGAGGGGAGAGGUGGACUACCAGCAACUGGAGAGCAACGUUCACAAGUGGAGCAAGGUCCCCUUCAGAGGGUUGGUUGUGCAGGGCUCCAAUGGGGAGUUCGUCUACCUGAGCACCGAGGAGCGUGUUGAGACUGUCCGCAGGGUGAGGCAGGUCCUCCCUCAGGAGAUGCUUCUGGUGGCUGGAUCUGGAUGUGAAUCCACGGAAGCCACGGUUACGAUGACGCAGAUGAUGGCAGACACAGGGGCGAAUGCGGUGCUGGUCAUCACUCCGUGUUUCUACCGGGGUCGGAUGAACAGUGCUACCUUCAUUCACCAUUACACACGGGUGGCAGAUUCCUCGCCCGUACCCGUCGUGUUAUACAGUGUCCCAGGCAACACGGCUUUGGAGUUGCCAGUGGAUGCCAUUGUGGCACUCUCCCACCAUCCCAACAUCAUUGGGCUAAAGGACAGUGGGAAUGAUAUUACAAGAAUCGCACUGAUUGUACACAGAACCAGGAAGCAGAAUUUCCAAGUGUUGGCUGGAUCAGCGGGAUACCUCCUUCCCUCCUACUCAGUGGGUGCUGUGGGUGGUGUGUGUGCAUUGGCUAACGUGCUCGGACAGCCACUGUGCAACCUGGGAAAGCUGUGCCUGGGUGGACAGUGGGCAGAUGCUCUGGAACUUCACUACCGGCUGAUUGAGCCGAAUGCAGCAAUUACACGCAAGUUUGGCCUUGCAGGCCUGAAGGAAGCGCUGGAAUGGUUUGGGUAUCAUGGAGGAUCCUGUCGUGCUCCGUUACUACCCUUGACGGAAGCAGAGAGGAAGGAGUUACGUGGCGACUUCACGUCCAACGGCUGGCUGUAACCUUGCCCACAGUGACCCUCGACAAUCUUAGGUCGUGAGAUUUAGGAAGAAUUACGCUUCUAGCUUGAGAAGAAUGGGACUAAUUCCUUAAUCAAGUGCACUUCAUUUCCCCUCGAGCCCCUAACCACUCCUCCCACCAACCCUGAACUUUGCAAAUUGGAGGAGAAAUGACCACGUUGCAGUUGGUUUAAUUGCAUCUUAAUUCCAGCAUGGAGACAGGCCAUUCAGCCCAUCGCUGGCAGAGAUUAUGCUUUCUAUUACCUUCCCUGUCCUCCUCAAACAUUGAUCUAGCUUCCCCUUAAAUGUAGCUAUUCUGCUGCCUCAGACUCCCACUGUCUGAGCUAUUUUAAAUGCUCUCUAGAUAGAAAAGUAAUGGUUAGGUUGACUGGAUUGAUUUCUGGGAAUCGGGAGGAGGGUGUUACCUUAAGGAUGUUGGGACAUUUAAACAAUACAGCAUGUCUACUUACAAAGGGGUAUGCGGGGAAGUGACCUCAUCAGAAACAUGCAUCAUUUCUAAGGAGCUUGAUAGAGUAGUGUAGGGAUGAUGUUUCCCCUGGCUGGGGUGCCUGGAAUAAAAGGUCACCUGCACACUCAAGUCAAUUUACAGCAGCCGAUUUAACCUACUAAUCUUGGGAUGUGAGAGGAAACCCCCACGGUCACAGGGAGAACAUGCAAACUCCAAGACAGGACCCAUGAUCAGGAUGGAUUGCGGGUCUCUGGUGCUGUGAAGCAGGGGCUCCACCAGCUGCAUUACUGCUGCCGUGAUACAAAGUAAAGACCUAAUUCUACAUUCCUGCCCCCUAUAGAUAAAAACUUCUCCCCCCCCCCACCCACUCUAAGCGUUAAACAUUCUCUCAUUCUGCAGCCCAUUUGAAAUUGUGUCAAAUAUUUAUCAAAUAUUCCCACCUACCAUAUGGAUUCUGCCAAGCAUUUAUGGUUAGGUGUUCUGCAGUCCAACAAUCCUUUACAAAUAAAAAUUCUCCUAAAUCCUUCUCUCCCCCUCCACUUACAGAUGCACUGAAAAUAUUUUUCUGAUUUACUUUGUGUUGAAAUAAGGCAACUGGAAAAAAUAUUAAAGGGAAGGAAUAUUUUUAAAUGUUAUCUUCAGUCUUCUGUGCUUGUUUAAAGGCCAUUUUGUUAACAGUUGCUGUUUAUUGAUGGUGGUCUUACUACCCAAGUUGGUCAGGAGUGUCAAGCAAGUUCAUUUCCAAUUGCUUAUAAGAAACUUGCUGUAUCAUUGCUGAAGUCAAACAAAGACUAAACAACAUUGUGCGGGAGUUAUUUCAGCCAAGGCUGCACUGGGGUAACUUGCUGGGUUUGACUUGGGGGAAAUAAGGUGCAAAACUGCAGUUAUCGUACUGGAGUGGAACUCGCCUGACAAAAUCUCAGUGUACUACUGCUCAGAAGUAUUUAAUCUUGACAAAGUUAAUGUAGCAGAAUUCAGAUUAAAGUUGCAUCUAGUA